CUGGCUGCCGGGUUACGAUAAACUGUUCAACGUAGUGAAAUAAUGUCUCCAAAUGAUGAACCAUGUGAUGGAGCCUGAGGAUUAAAAUACCAAAGAGGAGUUUCAACACAAGGACUGAGCUUUCGAUUAUGCAGCAUACUCGAUAUUGGGGAAAUAUGUAGACUACGAAGGUACGGAAUGCAUUUAGCAGAGGUCAUCUCGAGUGGGAGUAACUCGCCCUCACAGGGUUCUUAGCACAGGAUGAAGUUACUGACGAGCGAGCCAAACCGUUAACAUUACUGUUUCACUACAGUAUUGGCAACCAGCAGUAAAACCUAAAACGUCCAGUGUUCCAAAAAUUAUGGAUUAAUCGUUCGUACUCUAUGCGGUUUUUUAGUCGGUUGUGGUUUGCGGUUUAAUUUGUCGUUAUAGGCUACCUUCAGUUUGUGCCUUUUUAAUGGAUUAAGAUUAAAGGAGAGUGUGAAAGAUUUUUUUUCCUGGAUUCAUUUUUAUCUUGACAUAUGUCCAUGUAUUUUAAUCUCGUUUAUUUGAGUAAUUUUAGUAUCCGUUAUCUGGACGUCCAGGAGUGGAUAUUGAUACAGCAACAUGUAGCAAUCUUGGGUUGACAAAAGCAAGGGGAAUCAUCGCGGGCCACCAUCUGCCAGUAACCCCACUUGAACUGAACAAUGACGGGACCCAACGCCACUACUAGCGCUUGUUCAUCUGCAGCUAAGAUGGGGAGACAGAGAUCAAAAAGUACCAGUGGCAGUACAUACAGCAACUCGAAGCCGGGUGCUGAAUCUGCCACACUUAGCACCCCCAACAACGCUGGUCGUUCAUCGGGAGAGGAAGAUGAAAAAGAUGGGGGGGUGCUAUUUUACGUGAACAGAACUGGUUUCCCUAUUGAAGGUGUCACUUGGGAGAGGAUGUGGACUCAUGUGGCUAAAGUACACCCUGAUGGACAAGACAUUGUACGCAAGAUAAGGAAUGCUGCCUACCUUCCAAAACAUCCUGUGCCGCCGGUGCCCAACUUCAAGCCCUCCAUGUCUGUCCCUGACUGGCUGCUGGCCAUCCAGAACUACAUGAAGACACUGCAAUACAAUCACACAGGAACUCAGUUCUUUGAGAUAAGGAAAACUAGACCUUUGUGUGGGUUGAUGGAGACUGCGAGAGAAAUGAUCAGGGAAUCUCUUCCAAUCAAAUGCCUUGAAGCUGUCAUCCUUGGAAUUUACCUGACCAAUGGGCUGACGUCGGUGGAGCGUUUCCCCAUCAGCUUCAAGACCCAGUUCUCAGGGAACCAUUUCCACCACGUGGUGCUGGGCGUCUACUGCAACGGGCGCUACGGAACACUGGGCAUGAGCCGCCGCCAAGACCUCAUGGACAAGGCCCUGACCUUCCGCACGCUCAGCGAGUUGGUGUUGGAGUUCGAGGACUCCUACCGCCGCUACCAGCACACCCUGAAGAAGGUGAAGAUCGGCCUGUACGUGCCCCACGACCCACACAUAUUCCAGCCCAUCGAGUGGAAGUACCUAGUGCUCAACGCAGCACGUCUGGGGAGAGAGGACAUGAGGAAGGAGCUGGAGAAGCACGGUCGAGACAUGAGAAUGAAGAUCCUGAAGUCGUCGACUGCCCAGUCUCCCAUCAAAGAGCGGAGCAGGGGAAAGUCUCUCUCACCCCGCCGCCGACAGAUCAGCCCCCAAAGACGCCACGUCCACCGCAGAGACAAAUCACCUGCAUCGCUGGAUCGAAAGCCUGCAGAACUCAGUACCUUGAACGACGGCUACCAGAUCCGAAUCUGACACCCCAUGGAAGGACCUGGACCUCAUCCUGCUGGUCUCCAAUCUUUAUAUUGAACAGUUAUUUGAAUUGAAAAACCUGCAAAGAAUGUUGUAGUUAUCUGCUAAGCUGUAGCUCAGUAAGACGAUUUGAAGGGAGAGCGGGAGGCUGCAGGAGGUGGUGGGAAGGCCUGAGGCCAAGGGAACAGAGGGGGCAAAUAUCAGAGCAGGCAAGCGGAGAGCCAAGCCGAGUCCUGCAGAGAGCCUCAGCCUGACACGAGCCCCUGCAAUCUGACACUGGUUGUCCCCUGUCCGUUUCUCUCUCCCAUACAGAACAUACCAAUUUAUGUUUUAGAGUUGUUCUUGUAAAGCAAUCAAAGCCUUUGACGACGCUUUGGUGCUCUGCCAGAACAUUAUCUUUAAUUCCCAAUAGAAUUUGACUGUGUUUUUGAGUUGAAUCAAAUGUCAACUCUUUAACACCUCAGUAAACUAAUACAUAGAGAAUGGGACGCUGCUCCUAAAUAGAGGCCUUUCUGAAUCCUAUCACAGAAUCUUCUAGUUAAGAAGGUAGACAGCAAACCGAACACCUCAUGACCGAUAUUUCAGUCAAACCAAGGCUCUUUUGCCAUAUCCACUGCCAAGAUGCAGUGUCGAGAUUGUUUAUAAUGUUUUCUGAUGUAUUAAAAAAUAAUCUUCAGAUAUCUGUUGCCAACUGAACAGUAGAAAAUGUUAUAGCUUUUGGUUAAACAAGCUAUGCACAUCAAUUAGAUAUGAUAAUCUUGUCUUCCUCAAUCCAAAUAGUUUUUAGAUUGAAAAAAUUGAAUUCCAGUCCUGCUCAUUUACACCAACUGAGAACACAUACCAGUUCUAAUGAUCAUUGUGAUCAGUGGCUAGCCUGACAGAACAAACCAGGCCAACGAGCUUUGUACCAGCUGUAUGAAACACCAGCUUUGAAUGAUUGAAUCCUACACUUUUACACAACAAAGGUUUGAUCUACAUGGGCUGGAUUUUAAACUUUCAGUGUUAAAAACUGAAUUGAUAUCAGAAAUGCAUAUUGGGAGGAAUAACUACUUCAAAACUACAAAUCUGGGAAAUGAAAGAUUACUAAGUUCUGUAGCUUAAAUUGCCUUUUUGCGCAUCAUUGUUGACUGUUGAGCUAAGUUGUGUUGUGGAUGAAAUCACAUGGUGAUUCUUUGCUGUUUGAACAAAUCUGUUAGUGAGUGCAGUGAUUCAUCUUUUGGUUUGUUUUUUGACAUGGUGGAAACACCAUGACAAUGAUACUUUGGACGAGAUGUGAUUUUGAAAAACCACUCUACAUUGUAGCAGUAUCGUUUUUUAAAAGGCAUUUGUUCUGUUGAACGCCAAAUAGGCUUGAAAGCCUCUGUAUUAUCCAAAAGGAUACUGUGAACAAGAUUAGUAUCACUCAUGACUCUAGAUGAGUUUUUAAAUCCAGUUUGUAUAUAGCAAAAAAGAGGCAAACUAUCAGAAUAAAGGCACAAUAUAAAAGAAACCUGAAACCAGCAGCCACCACCAUGAUGUACCACCACCAUGAUGUACCAACACCUACUGCAAUGGUCAAUAAGUUAAAAGGCAAUGGUGUGUUGUUGGGACUAAGCAUUAGUGACUAUUUAGCUGUUUUCUAAGCAUGGUGUGGAACUCCUACUUAACCUUUGUACUGUAACUCCACUUUUUAGAUGACUGUUUUACCAGGAUUAAUGUGCAUUUAAUGAGAAGUGUUCCUGUGGCUUCUUCUCAUGAAUGGAAAUGUAACUCUGAUGUGUUGAUGUCCUGUCUUAAAAAUGCAACUGGAGCUAUCAGUUGGGUAGUAUUAUUCUCAUAUCUUUCUGGGAAGGGCUGGGCUAUUAGUCCUGUUUGCAGGAGAGAGUAAGUGUUGGUGGUAUAUCUAAAACAGUAGAAGAAAUUGAAUCAUUUUCCUAAAAUCCCUGAUGUGAUAGAACCACAAUAUUUAUUCAAAUGAGCCUUCAGAAUCCGUCCCUGGUUUUUACAAGUAUGAUGACGACCGUGAUUUUUAUAUUCCAACGACUGGGGGGAAAUUAAAGGCCUCCAAACUUCUACUGUUACAAUGAGCAGUUGACAAUGGUUUUUAUCAACUGUAGCAUGUUGUAAUAAAAAAAAAAAAGAUUUAUGUUUUUAA